AGCGAAAAGUGGCGUCCCUUGUCCCAGAUCUCCUGUCAUUUACCGCUAAUCCAGUUGAUACAAGAUCGAGAAGCUGUUGAGGCCUCGCUGUUUCCUCACUUUAUUCUCUCACCUUGUCAUUUGCGGCGUGCAACGUCCCUGCUCCAACAUUGGCGCUAUGACCAUGCUGUGAAUCGAUCUUUGCCACUCCAGACUUUUCAGAUCCUAUUAGGAAGAGACUAGAGACCCAUCGCCGUCGCCGCCGCCCGCCCGCCGGCGUGUCCACCGCUCUCGCCUUCUCGUCGCCGCCUCGCCGUUGCCUCGCCCCUCUCGCUGCCUCGCCGUCGCAGAGAGAGAGAGAGAGAGAGGUGUCUUCUUCUUCAAUCCGUCCACUCUGCACAUUGGUCGGAGAGCUGAUUGUGAUAGCAAGAAUAGAGUUAUGUAUAAGCAGGAUAGACAGCAUGGUGAAAGACAUGGCUGAUAUUGGGUGUACUGCUAAGUUGCAAACAACUCAUGGUUAAUGCUAUCAAAGGACUGUUCAUUUCAUGCGAUGUCCCCAUGGCGCAAUUUAUCAUCAACUUGAACAAUUCACUGCCCACUUCACAGAAGUUCAUCAUACACAUCUUGGAUAAUACAACCCUCUUUGUGCAGCCCCAUGUGGCUGAAACGAUAAGAAGUGCCAUUUCAGAGUUCAGGGACCAGAAUUCCUAUGAGAAGCCUACUUGACUUGGCCUUCAUUAUUAUAUGUGCCUUGUAACUGUCUGAAAGCUUAUCAAGCAUACCCAAAUAUAAAUCAUUUUGUCUUUUCCUUAAGAAUCUGUACGAGCACCAUCAACAGUUCCAUCUUAUCAACAUAGAAAUACGUAAUUCUUUCUGCAUUUGUAUCAA